ACAAGUCCAAGGUAGAAAGUAUAUAUUAACAAGCUUACUUUUGCAUUCAACGUUAUAUUGAGAUAUUCAAUAUUCAAAUUGCUAAUCUAAGGGAGGUAUAGGUUUUAUUAAUUUUAGCAUAUAUGUCAAUAAAACUCAAUUUUGGGGUUUUUGAAAUGUUUGUAUCACUGCCACAUGCUCUUUGUUGUGUCGAUAGUAUUAAUAUUUAAAAUAUAUAUCUUGUAUUUUGUAGCUUUAAAAUUUUUUUUAAAGACAACAGAUAAAAGAUAGCACAGUUGAAGCAGCAUUUCAAGCAUCUUAAUUUACAAUGGCUUCUCCUAAAGGAAAAAGCAGUCGACUGGGAGCAGUUUUGCAGCAACUUGAUCAAGCAUUGAGAGAAAAUAAAAUGCAGAUAAAAUCAGAGGAGGAUAACGAUGUUGGUCAAGUGAGGCAACUAACAACUAAGCUUCACCAACUUUUACAAAGUCAAGAAAAAUGUUGCAAAAGCUUCUUAUCUAAACACAAAGAUGGGAUUUCACUUCUUUUUGAGAUACUAAAGUUUACCUGCAUGUUUGAUCACCAGACAACUUAUUUGGUUACAGAUUCAUUGUGCCUUCUCAUUACUGUUGGUAAAGGACUUACAAUACUUUUUGAUGCUGGCAUCUUGCGUGUUGUAAUGGAAUCAUUUGUAAACGCAACAAAAAGUUAUUCGUCAUGGAUUCCAGAAUUUGAAGACAUGUGGAUAUCUUUCCACACUUUGUUAAUCAAAAUAGCAACUAAAGAAAAAAGGUUUGGAAGUGUUUUACGUCUGAGCGGAGCUUUAGAUGCAUCUUUAUCCAUUAUGAAAUCUGCACCAUUAAAUAGUAGAGUACUAUUACCCAUCAUUCAACUGAUGAAGACAGCAUCGAGUAGUGUUGCCAAUAGCAAUAUAAUGAUUAAAAGGGAUGUAAUCAAUAUAAUAUUGAAGUUGAUUCCAUCGUGUGGUCAGAGAAAGAUGCAACUGCUUAAAAACUGCUUGGAAUUGUUGCAUGCAUUGUGUAAAUCCAAAACAGGAGCAAAGAAAGCUGUCAACCAAACAGUUAUAUCUCUUAUGUUAUCCUUGUAUCAAGAAUGGCAUCGGUCUGAUCAUCGGAAUCGUCACAUUUCUAUUCGAAAGUCUAUAUUAAAUGUUAUAAAGGCUUGCACUUUGUAUACUUUCGGAAGAAAAUCAUUUUUAUCAAUAGAAGGAUAUAGAACAUUGUACUUUCUUGGUUUGGAAGGAAUUGACAAUAAACAACUUGAUAGUGUAAUACGUUUAAUUAUCAUGAUUCUAAGAAAGUGUACUAAAGAAAACAAGCUGCAGAUAAAAUCAUCAAAAAGUUGUUUUUCAUUCUCCUUCUCGACGAAAAGCAAUGAAAAUUGUCUCAACUGUAAGACUUCUGAAGAAUCUGAGUUUGAAGCUACUAGUUCAGACACCUAUACUGAUGAUGUGGUUUCAGAGUCUGAAGGAGAUGGCGAAGAUGAAGAAGACAAUUAUGAACAAGAGUCAUGCAAUGACAACAACAGGGUAUCAAACGAGAAUGCUAUACUAAGCGAUAACAUUACAAUCAAUGGCACUGAACCCAACAGAGAUUGUUCUGAGGAACAAAUCAAUAUUGUUAAUUUUGACUACUACAAGAAAUUUUUUCCAGAGCUUUCAUUAAGUCAGGUUGUCACGAAGGAACGUUCAAAUCCAUUGAUUCGCAUUCCUACAGCAGAACUGAUGGGUAAUAUAAAUGAAUCAACAAAUGACCUGGACUUUGAUGAUGCAAAUGAUUCGAAUAACAGCACUGAAGAGUGUUGUAUCCAGUUAAAGAUGUCUUCUAUCGAAUCUACAAACUUAUGCUGUGUUGAGUCACAUGAUGAUCAAUUAUCCAGUCACAUACUAGCUCAUAAGUUAUCCAAUCAUCAAUAUUGUUCUACUGUUGUUGAUUCCACAGCAUCAAACAAAGUAAAAAGUGUGUCACCAUUCGUGAAAGAAACUGCUGUUAGUAUCCAUGGCCAUCUUCCGCCUGUAGAACCAGAAGAAUUACUGCCCAAAACAACAAAUUUGUCAAGAGUAAUGAUGUUUCAAGAUUUUGCUCGUAUUGUAUUCCCAGACAAGGUUGUCAACAGAACCGUAUUCGAUUUGGACAUUCUAACACGAAACAAUUCCUCGUCAAAUGUUGAAAAUGUCUUGUUGAAAACUGCUAGUUCACCUAUGAAGAAAAGUAGAUCAGCUACAAAAUUAUCACCAGGAAAGAGAAACAGUACAGCAGGACUCUCAAGUUUAUCAAAAGAAGAAAUCCUCAAAGCAUCUCCGUUAAGUUUUGAAUCUCGUUUUGAAAGUGGAAACUUGAGGAAAGCAAUACAGAUACGGCAAUAUGAGUACGAUUUAAUUUUAAAUGCUGACGUCAACACAAAUCAUCACCAUCAGUGGUUCUUUUUCCAGGUGGAAAACAUGACAAACGACGUAGACUAUCGUUUCAAUAUCAUCAAUUGCGAGAAAGCUAACAGUCAAUUAAAUUUUGGCAUGCAACCAGUGAUAUACUCUGAACGAGAUGCUAAAGAUGGUAACCCUGGCUGGGAAAGGAUUGGUAGUAACGUUUGUUACUAUAGAAACUUCUUUGUUCGUGGUGGACAGAACUUCAAGUAUUACUUCACGGCUACGUUUACAAUAAAAUUUAGUUACGCGAAUGACACGUGCUAUAUCGCUUACCAUUAUCCGUACACGGCUACCAUGUUAAAUUUACAUCUGCAUCGCCUUGAAAAUACUCUUCUUCCCAUGAUAUUUUUUCGUAAAGAACUUUUAUGUCAAACUUUAUCCAAAAACGAUGUUUACCUUCUCACCGUAACUAGUCUGCCAUUUUCAAAGUUUGAGGAUGUUGCUAGGAGACCUUAUGUUUUGUUAACGGCCAGAGUUCAUCCGGGCGAAAGUAAUUCCAGUUGGAUAAUGAAAGGGGUGUUAGACUUUCUGCUUGGUAAUGAUGACUUAGCAAGACAGCUUCGCUUGAUGUUUAUCUUCAAGAUAGUUCCCAUGUUGAAUCCUGAUGGUGUCAUCAACGGAUGUCAUCGCUGUUCGUUGUCUGGUGAAGAUUUGAAUCGUCAGUGGAAACAUCCAGAUGAAAGACGUCAUCCAACGAUCUACCAUACAAAAUCUAUCCUACAAGUCAUGAAAGCUUUCAAUAAAACUCCUGUUGUCUUUGUGGACUUCCAUGGCCAUUCGCGCAAAAAGAACGUGUUUAUGUAUGGCUGCUCUUCUCCGCAGAUCGCAUCCUCUGACAGCCAUAUGUCUUUACACGGAGAAACAGAAGCUAAUCUAUCAUCUAGUACAUCUUUUGAGAGCUCUCCAAUGGAGAAGUUAAACAAGGAGUUAUUCUGGAACGACGACCCUGUCCAGCUUCUACCCCGAAUAAUGAGCUCAACAUGUCCCUGUUUCGCUCUCCAAAACUGCAACUUCACCGUAGAGAAAUCUAAAGAAGCUACGGCUCGUGUUGUUGGCUUUAGAGAGUUUGGAAUCACAAAUUGCUAUACGAUGGAGAGCACAUAUUGUGGUAUGGAUCAAGGUCCAUAUAAGGGAAAUCAGAUUGGUACUCGAGAAUUGGAAGAAACAGGUCGUUUCUUUUGUCUUAGUUUAUUGAGAUUAAGCUUGUCUACCAACAUACAGUUAAGUGAUGAAGCUAAUCUCGGUUUGUUAUGAAAAAAGCACUAUACUUCGCCAUGUAAGUUAGGUUGCUUUGCAGAAAAGGCAUUAGAUCUGGUUUUUUUUAAAAAGUUACGUGGUUAGCAAAAUAUUUGCGAAAAUUUUGGUAAACAGACUUGCACAUGAUGCAACCUUUUUAUAUUUCGGGAUAAUUUUAGUUAAAAUAAGUGAUGAGAAUGAAGAUAUACUUUGGUAGAAUCAAAAUAGAUCGGUAUUUUUACAAAUUCAUCCCCAAAAAGAUCGCACUUAUGCGUACACCUAUUAUUAUUUUAAGAGGUGUUUUAUAUAUAGUUUAAAACCAUAAGAAAAUCCAGUUUGUUGUGGAGUAGUUUUUGAAUUUGCAAAGUUUGUAAUGAUGGACGGUUUUUUUAUUGAAUAUAACAAAUUUAUUCCAACAAGUGAUGCGUACUUUACAGAAUAGGAACAGGCUUUAAAAUUGACGAGUUACGAAAGGUUGCAAAGCUUACGUAUCACAAUUGCGAUCUAGCAUUCGGUUCCCACCCCUAGCGCUCUGUGUAUUUGAGGCAAGCUAUCUUCAUAUCUAAAAUUGUUUACGAGUUGUCCGUAGCAAAAGCUAUGGAACAGGAUGUCACGCAUAUCCAAAAUAAUCAUUUAUGUCGUAUAAUUCUUUUAUAUUAUAACACGCAUAUCUUAUUGUUCAUUUCAGUUUUCAAGGACUAAAUCGAUUUUGUAAUCUACUUUCUACAAAUAAAUGAGUGAAAUUUAUAA